UCCUUCUCAGUCCACAGAGAGAAAAAGAGAGAGAAUGGCGCGAGUCAUGGCUUUGGUGGCCUUCGUCCUCAUGGCGGCGAGCCUCUCUGACGGUAAAAUGACCACCACCGGCUCACCGACGGAGUUCGUCCGGUCCUCCUGCGGCGCGACGCGGUACCCUGACCUCUGCUUCCGGAGCCUCGCCUCCUACGCGCCGGCGGUCCGCCACAGCGAGCGGCAGCUGGCCCGGGCGGCGCUGUCCGUGAGCGCCGACCGGGCGCGGUCGGCCUCCGCCUACGUGGCCCGGGAGGCUGCGGCGGCAUCGUCCGCAGGGAGGAGCAGCCGCGAGGCCGGCGCCGUCCAAGACUGCCUCGACAACAUGGCGGACAGCGUGGACCGGCUCCGGGAGUCCGCGGAGGAGAUGGGCCGCAUGGGCAGGGCCGGGUCGGCUAGCUUGGCGUGGCACAUGGCCAACGUCCGCACCUGGUGCAGCGCCGCCCUCACCGACGAGAACACCUGCCUGGACAGCCUGACGGAGCACGGCUCCGCCGCCCUGCGGGCCGCGGUCCGGCCCAAGGUGCUGGAGGUGGCGCAGGUCACCAGCAACGCGCUGGCCCUCGUCAACCGGGUUUAGUCCAAAUAAAAGCCUGUAAUCACAAUUAGACCGGUUUGUAAGGGUUUGGUCUAGAAGAAGCAGAUCGAAUGCAGUGGAUUUACCAUGUGUGAUAUUUUGUUAUAAUUUUACACAAAAACCCAUUAAAUGCAUUUA